AUGUUAAAAAUCAGAUUAAAACGUUACGGAAGAAAAGGGCAACCUUCAUAUCGAAUUGUUGCGGCUGAUAGUAGGGUUAAACGUGAUGGAAAAGCUAUUGAAGAAUUAGGGUUUUAUAAUCCACUUAAUGAUGAGACACAUCUUAAAUAUAACCAGAUUAUCAAACAUCUGAAAAACGGAGCUCAGCCUACGGAUACGGUACAAAACAUUUUAUUAAAAGCAAAGGUUUUUGACUUUUUCUAA